AAAUCUUUCGUUACUUUUAUUUUUGAUAAUUAUUUUUGUAAUCCAUUUGAACAUCAAAUUAGUGGUCAUUUGUCACUCGGAAGCCAUUGUCCGCCGAAGAGAUGUCUUCAGAGAGCGAGUCCUCGUGCUGCUCGACGUGUAGUUCAUCUGAUUAUCAGAGCUCUCUCUCAGACAUCACUCUCAACGAUGAAGACAUGGAUUACGCGAACCAAUUGACUCACGAGUUGUUUUACGUGAAACUGAUGGCCGAAGACAAGGACAAAGACAUCGACAAGACAUCGGCUGAAUGUGUGGACGACAAAGACAAGCAACAGACGAACCCAUCGUUUGAUCGGUUUGGUUUGAGUUAUAGUCGACUCAUUUCGGGUGUCUUUCGCAACAAAUGGUCUAAAACUAGGGAUAAGAGCCUUAAGAGGAAGAGUACAAAGAAGAAGGAACCGCUCAAAGAGAGUCCAGUGAACGAUCCAAUUGAGACCAAUUGUGCCACAAAUCCAGUGAUCAAUGUUUCCGAUUGUGACGACAAUUGUCUCAAUGAAGUGAUGAAAACAAACCAAUUGUUUGAUUUAAUUGAUGGCAAAUGCGAGACAAUUGUCCCCAAAAUGGACACUCAAUUCAUUUUAAUGUAUUUAAUGCCUCCAAACGACACGCAAACCGAUUGUCUCCUCUAUUCGUAUCCGAAGGCAGACAAUGAGGACUUGAAUCCGGUUUUGUUGAAACUGAAGGGAAUGUUCAUCACAUUGUCUCAAGUGGUCCAUCAGAUCACCAAACAGUCCAUAAGCAUGUCAUCGAUUUCAGUGAACCACCAAAACAAGGAACAAGUUUACAGAAUAGGCUUCUGUCACGAAAUGGACAGUCUGUUGGUGUUAGCGCUUCCGCACCACAAGUUUACGGACAUUGAAGUCGAAGCCAUUGUCCAAACCAUGGCAAGAGUUAUUAAAUUCAUUUACAGCUCAUUAGACAUCGCUUUCAAAGAUGACUCGAAACACUCGAAUCUCACGAAAUUCUUCUCAGUUUUUGAAUACCUGUUGACCGAAGAAUUGAAGUAUUCAUCGAUUGACUCAAUAUUUUUAAAUACAAUCAAACGGUUGAUAAUCGACGACAACUUAGCCAUCAAUUUAAGCGAUUCUCUCUCGGAAUUCGAGGCAAUGGAUUGGAUCAGCGAUAACUCGACCAUCGAUUUACACCAACAGAACAGUUGCCAAUUCAUUGUAAUCGGUUCCUGCCUUUUAUACAAAGGCUUAUUACUGUCCUCUCAGUUGUCAAUGAAUCACUUGAAAGACAUCUUUGCCUUCUUGAGCCUCAAAGGAUUGUCAAUGAAUCACUUGAAAGACAUCUUUGCCUUCUUGAGCCUCAAAGGAGUGCUUGCAUUACACAAAACACAUCCAAUACGCUUCGUCUACUGGAGUGAAGUAUUUCCUAACUUUAAUCCUAACAAUGAGUGCAAUGAUUACAAUGAGAGCGAAGACAUUAAAUACUUUGUAUCGAUGAUUGGUUACCAGCAUAUGAUUCACUGCACUCUCAUUGAAAUGCCGUUUAUCAGUCCAGAAGAGACACCAAUCAAAGCAAAUGAAGUGAUAAUCAACGAAUCGAUUCGGUUAUUGAAAUCGCAUUUCACUAAAUUGGGAAUCAUUGAGGAAAUCGAUCACUGCUUUAAUGUCCAACAAAUGGCUGUCCAACACAUGUUUGGCCGCAAAGAACAAAAACGUUACAAAUCUCUGUCCUCUCUGAAAGACCUCUUAUUUCUAUCGCCGAGUAGUUCACAGUCGAGACCACAGAUGUAUCGAUCGAAUAGUUCGCUCUCGUCUUUAAGCGGUUCUAGUCUUUCGGCGUCCAUUCGCUCCGUUUCGAGUCCAUCACUACAACACUCAGCGCUGUCGCGGACGUCCUCCAGUGCCACCAGUCUUUCAAAAGACAUGAACUCCAGUGCUUGCAAUGAAAACAAUUGCAUUUAUUUGCAGCAAAACUACAAACUUCCAGAGAAUCUGAUUUGUUAUUUAGAUAUAGAAGACGGACAGCAAGUGUUCGCCGGACCUCUGCUUCAAUGGCCUAAAGAUAUUUGCGAACAAAUCUUCAAAAAAUUCACCUAA